AUGGAUCCUCACAGCCUGGACCCUCGGGACCAUCGACUGAGUCACAAAGCGUCGCAAGAGACCUUCAUCUCGCUCGUACAACUCGACCCAGAGCCGAUACUUGAUUCUUACCAAGAAGACGGUCCCGACUUUGACCCAACAAGAGAUGCCUCGCCCUCCUCGGACGACGCCGGCGAAGGCGGAUCUCUAGCAGACUCGAUACACUCUCUCAAGUCCUCCGGAUCAGGAGGGACGGCCGGCGGCAUUGGUCUACACAACACAACGACACCACUCGGCUUAAGCGGUAGCGGUCAUGGAGCGAUAUACUACCUAACCCGCAUUCAACGCUACUCCUCCUACACCUUCUCCCUCUUCGCCUCGCUCCACCUCGCCACAACCUCCGUCAUCCCCCUCCUGGCGCGCUCCGUCCCCGCCUCCGAAUCUUACCUCCUCCUCGCGCGCGAGAUCUACCAAACGCCCCUUUCCGAACCUCUACUCGUCGCCCUCCCCAUCGUUGCCCACGUCGGCGCUGGUCUGUUGGCGCGCCUACUCCGCCGCCGCAAGAACCUGCGCAGGUAUUACGGCGUCGGCUCCGAUGAGAAAACACACGGUCUGAUCGCCAAGCCCACGGCGCGCUUCCUGCGCUCCGGGUGGCCGCGCCUCAGCUGGAUUGCGCUUUCGGGUUACGGUUUCACGGCGGUGGUGGCUGCGCACGCGUUCAUGAACCGCGGGUUGCCGCUUGCUGUCGAAGGCGAUUCCGCAAACAUCGGCUUGGCGUACGUCGCGCACGGGUUUGUGCGACACCCCUGGACGUCGUGGGCUGCGUACGCGGCGCUGCUGGGAGUCGGAUGCGGACACAUGAUCUGGGGGUGGGCGAAGUGGUUUGGUGUGUCGCAGGGCGCUGGGUGGAAGUUGGAGAGACACACGGGCGUUCCCGAAGUGGAUAGGCAGGCGAGGAGGAAGAGGAGGAGGAGGUUUGUUUUGAUUAAUGCGGUGGCGGCGGCGGCGACGGCGCUGUGGGCUGCUGGUGGACUGGGGGUUGUCGCGAGGGGAGGGGAGACGCUUGGGUGGGUGGGAAAGGUUUAUGAUGGGUUGUAUGACAAGGUGCCCUUUUUCGCAUGA